CUUCAUUGCCCAAACGGCUACUUCUGCCCCCUGCCGGGUCCCGCCAUCACCAAACGCACCACCCAUGAACGCCAUUAAUCCCCCGCUCUCACAUGCACCGAUUAUGGCUAAUGGUGGCGCCUGUCAACAGCACAAGGAGGUUUCAGGGAGAGUAGAGAGCAAGCAAUGGAUGAUUUCAGCUUUCCCACCAUCACAGCGGAUCAAGACUCGCUCCGCCAGCUCCCCUUCCCCCACUUUGCCGCAUCCCCCCUGUGGUUCUUGUCCUCAGUCGUCGAUUGCCGGAAAAGCUCCUCGUCCGCCGGAGAAGCAUCGCUGGAUGCUGACGUGAUGAGAGGGGAUCUCGAGGCGGAUAGCGCCGGCGGUCGGCUUGAUGAGGAGAAGAUGGACUUGCUGUGGGAGGAUUUCAAUGAAGAGCUUGCAAGGGUGUCGUGUGACCGGAAAAGGAUGGCCAAGGAGGGGAGCUCGAGUGCGUCAGAGCAACACUGCGUGCGUGCAUUGAAAGACGCAAAUAGCGGCGGUCUGAUUCAUCGUAGAUCGCCAAGUCUGAUACUGAUGGUGAAGGUGCUAAAGAAGCUGUUCUUGGUUCAGCGAGUUGUGUCCUCCAAGAAGCAGUCACUGUGCUCAGCAUGAGGUUCAUCACUCGAGAGGAAGCACACCAGUCCAAGUGAAGACAGAAGGUGAGAUGUCUGUAAUCCAUGUUUCUAAUCUUAUACUCUGGUGGUUGAUCUUGAAGGAGUACGAUGAACUAUGCAUCUGUGACGAAUUGCUAGCUUGUAAGAGAGAAUUCCUUCCAUGCUACUCUUCCCUGAGUUGUAUGUAAUCCAUGUUGUCUGGAGUAGUAUUA